CGUCACGGCGCGGUUCGCGACACAAACUUUGGACCUGUGGAGAGUUUUUAGCGUCAACGAUGCAUAUGCUGGCGUCAAACGGAUCCGUCAUGGACCUGGACUCGGACUGGGUGAAGAUUAAAGCGCACUACAGCGGUUACGUGCUGAUCACUGACCUGGCGGCCUCGGUAACCUUCGUGAAGCUGUGCGAGGAAGUGAAGACCAUGUGCAGCGUCGCCCAGCAGCAGCCGAUCACACUCAAGUGGAUCGACGACGAAGGAGAUCCUUGCACCAUUUCCUCUCAGAUGGAGCUGGAAGAAGCUUUUCGGAUUCACAGUCGGACCAAGAGAUCCGGACUGAUGCUGCACGUUUUCCCCAGCAUCCCGGAGAAGCCCGGCCUGCCGUGUCCCGGAGAAGACAAGUCGAUCUAUCGCCGCGGGGCCAGAAGAUGGAGGAAACUCUACCGAGCCAACGGACACCUCUUCCAGGCCAAACGCUUUAACAGGAAAGCCUACUGUGGCCACUGUAGUGAAAGGAUAUGGGGGCUGGGCGGGCAGGGCUACAAGUGUAUCAACUGCAAGCUGCUGGUCCAUAAGCGCUGUCACCGACUCCUCCCUCAGACCUGCCAAAGGCUUAUGGAUCCAGUCAUGCCAUCACAGGAACCCCCUUCAGACGCCAAGAGCGAAGAGGUGGACCUUCCACCGGAUGACGCGGAGGACACAGACGGGAGUUUUAUGCUGCUGAAAUCUGCAUCGCUCUGAACUUCCUUCAUGAAAAAGGCAUCAUCUAUCGAGAUCUGAAACUCGACAACGUUCUCCUGGACCACGAUGGUCACAUCAAGCUGACAGACUACGGCAUGUGCAAGGAGGGGAUCAGACCGGGAGACACCACCAGCACCUUCUGUGGAACCCCAAACUACAUCGCACCCGAGAUCCUCCGAGGAGAGGACUACGGCUUCAGUGUGGACUGGUGGGCUCUGGGCGUCCUGAUGUUUGAGAUGAUGGCUGGAAGGUCUCCGUUUGACAUCAUUACAGACAAUCCUGACAUGAACACUGAGGAGUACCUCUUUCAAGUCAUUCUCGAGAAGCCCAUUCGCAUCCCAAGGUCUCUGUCGGUGAAAGCUGCCAGCGUGCUCAAGGGCUUUCUAAACAAGGAUCCAAAGGAGCGGUUGGGGUGCCAGGUCCAGACGGGCUUCACAGAUAUCAAGUCACACACGUUUUUUCGCUAUAUAAUCUGGGACCAGCUGGAGAAGAAGGAGAUGACGCCGCCAUUCAAACCUCAGAUCUCAGACGAGUACGGCUUGGAAAACUUCGACACGCAGUUUACUAACGAACCGGUGCAGCUAACGCCAGACGACGAGGACGUCAUCAAGAGAAUAGACCAGUCAGAGUUCGAGGGGUUUGAAUACAUCAACCCUCUGCUGCUGUCCACAGAGGAGUCCGUAUGAACGAGACACCAGCGUCCUCUCUCACCUUCUGUCCGUCCAAGCUGCCGUUUUAGCCAAAAAAUGUAAACGUGAAUAAAGAGAAGACGAGGAGGACGAGCUGCACCGGUCGUGAAGGAACGAAGACGAAGCUUUUCCUUCCUGAACUCUUGGACCGUUGAUCACCAGACUCUCCUGAAGGAGCGAAACAGAAACUCUGGACUGCGAGAACAUUCCCUGCUUUUAUCGUUUCUUUGGUUUUUCUCCUUCGGAUUAUUUCCCGUUUCCCCGCGGAGCGUCCACCUUCACGUCUCAUUCUGUGCCUGCCGUCAUAAAGAAACCGUUUCAACCCGUCUCACGUCUCCCGACGAGUUCUGCCGAAGAACUGAAAACAAUUUGAAUCUGCACUUUUUCUUUUGUAUCUUGUAGAGGAGUUGAACGAAACAAGAAUGUACAAACGAAAUUAAGUUAUUGUGUAAUAUAAUGUAGGUAGUGGAUCUAAAAUCAACGAUGCCUUUCUAUUGAUGCAAGUGGCACAUUUUCAUUGGUAAACUUUUCUUUUUAUUGUCUUGUAGGACUUUCUCCAACUAAACCGAGGGAUGGAUUUAAUUUAAGAAGUGCCUCACAGAUCAAAUUAAUUAUGUCUGAUUGCACUGAUUGGACAUUCUCCACCCGUCAGAAGGUUAAACUGGUCAAACCAAGGUCCAGACGGGAUGAAAAACCAGGUUCUGGAAGAAUCAGAAGUAUCCUUCAUCAGUCUCCAAUCACGAGCCCUUUUGUUUUCAGACCAUUGACGAUUGUCCACAAACUCACCUGAGCAGCAGCAGAAAAAGAUCACGUUUUAAUUUGUCGGUUCUCUUCAGUAAAUUCAACUUCACAGUUUUACUUUAAAACCAAGAUGGCCGACACUUGAAAAUUAGAAUUUGUCCCGGACAGGAAUACCAAGUGAUGUUCUUUAGAUGUGUACCGUGGAAAAGAAUCUGUGAGAAACCGAUCGAGGCUAGUCUGCUGCGAUUUUUAUUAAAGUUACAAGAAAGUGAGUACCGUUCCCACCAGAAGAUCUUGGUGAAACCGGUCGUUUGAUGAUUCCAGGUGAAACUUGGUGUUUCCAACAGUCGCAGCGCAGUGAGACACCACCGCCGACAAAACAUGAAGCCCCAAUGUCUGUUUUUGUGGGUUCCACCAUCUUGCGUUUUUGGAACCAGAGUCUGUGCGCUGGGGACGUGGGGCUGACCCUCGAUGCAGAAGUCCCGCCUACUCGACUGUCAAUCACAGUGUAACACGACGCUUUAAUUCUAGCCUCAAAACAUUUAUUAGCACCGAACGCACUUUUAAAACUCAUGAACAGCAGAGAGGCACUAAAACUGCACGAAGCAGAAGGUGAAACAAAGCUCUAAAGUGCGUUGUUGCAUUUUAAGAAAAACGUUUCACUGGUUUACCUAAAAGGGGCGGGGCAUAGAGUGCUCCUCUGCAGUGGCUUCAACUCCCACGUUCCGGUCUUUUGUCUCGUUUGAAGCGAAAACGCAGAACGGGAGUCACAGCAACGUUACCCUCACCUGUGAGAUCACCUGUAGCUGAGAUCCACUCUGGGUUGGCUCCUUUUUAUAAAACAAUCUCUAUUUAAUCUUCAAAUUGCAACAGAUUUUUGUUUUUUAACCAAAUAGGCUUUUUUUUUUUGUUGUAUUUUUAGAAAAUUUUAU